CGUCCCAGCUAACUGUAUCGGCUUGUAAGUUCAAUCGUGGAGGCGUUUACGAGUGCUACAUAUUUUCUUUGGAAUAGUUUUUCAUUCAAUUUUCAAACAUGUCAACGCCUCUCGAAAAGCCUCAGAUAAUAGCGCAUAUCCAAAAAAGUCUGAACUACACCGUUUUUGACAGCAAAUGGGUACCAUGCAGUGCAAAGUUUGUUUGUAUGGGUAACUACCCAAGAGGUACUGGGGUGUUGCAAAUAUACGAAAUCAGUCACGGAGAGCUUCAACUAGUAAAAGAGAUUGAAAAGCCAAAGCCCAUCAAAUGUGGGACAUUUGGAGCCACGUCCCUACAACAGAGACAUUUAGCCACAGGGGAUUUCGAUGGAAAUCUUCAUAUCUGGAACCUGGAGGUACCAGAUGAGCCUGUAUAUUCAGUGAAGGCGCACAAAGAGAUUGUGAACUGUAUUGAUGGUGUGGGAGGAGUAGGAAUCGGAGAUGGUGCACCUGAGAUUGUGACUGGAAGUAGAGAUGGGACAGUGAAGGUUUGGGAUUCCAGGCAAAAGGACACACCAGUGGCUAAUAUGGAACCGGUUGAGGGAGACACCAAGAGAGACUGUUGGACUGUGGCUUUCGGGCAUGCUUUCAAUGACCAGGACCGCUGUGUGUGUGCUGGAUAUGACAAUGGAGAUAUCAAGCUGUUUGACCUCAGAAACAUGGCUUUACGAUGGGAGACAAACAUCAGAAAUGGAGUAUGUUGCGUCGAGUUUGACAGAAAAGAUAUCAACAUGAACAAACUGGUGGCGACAUCUCUGGAGGGAAAAUUCCACGUGUUCGACAUGAGGACCCAGCACCCCACCAAAGGCUUUGCAUCGGUUUCUGAAAAGGCCCACAAAUCAACAGUCUGGCAAGUAAGGCACUUGCCUCAAAACAGAGACAUCUUCAUGACGACAGGUGGAGCAGGAAAUCUUCAUUUAUGGAAAUAUGAGUAUCCAGGCCAGAGAAGUAAAAAGGACUCUGAGGAAGUGGACAUGGGCGUAGCUGGCACAGUGAACCUCCUGCAGAAUGUGACCUUGUCGACUCAGCCAAUCGCCAGCCUGGACUGGAGCCCAGACAAGCAGGGUCUGUGUGUGUGCACCGCUUUUGACCAGUCCAUCCGUGUGCUCAUCGUAACCAAGCUUAAUCGUGUGUAAGAUGGGUCUCUCUCUCUCUCUCUCUCUCUCUCUCUCUCUCUGGGAUCAGGGACUCACACCCAUACAUACUUACACAGUACAUGAUGGAUCAAGUAUGUGUUGGAUGUUUCAAGUAUGUGUUGGAGCCUACAGAAUUUGACCGGAGAACUGCAGAAUCAUUUUGCAUUGUUUUAUUCCUCAAAUGCAUGUGGAAAAGGCUAACUCUGUGCAGUGCAGUGUAUGUUAUGAUGUCCAGGAGGUGCCUUUGGUUUCAUGUAAAAUGUAAAAAAAAAAAUCCAGAGCAAUUGUUUUUUUGCUGGCUGAAAGAACUGAAACUGGUGGAAAUAUUUGAGAUUUUAAAUUGUUAUUUUACACAAUAAUAACAAAUAGAGCCACUCA